AUGGAUGUAUAUCUAGUGACUUCCUCAUUAGAAUCUCCUGGAAAUUACCUAAUGAGUUGCACUAAUAUACCUCUAAGAAUGCAAUUUAAAGAUAUAAGUGGUAUAGGAGCAAAUGCUUUUGGCUUUUAUUUAGGACAUCUAUGGGCAGUAGAUGCUUUUACAAAGUGGGACCAGGUUGUAGUACUUCCAAUGUUAACGCUCACUGAAGAAAAUGUUAUAGAAAGCAUACGUAGAGCAUGUUUUGAGUACUUAGGAAAAGAAGUAUCACCUAAUAUCUUCAUAGAGACUUUUUUUCAAAGCGCUUUAUUUGUAAUAAGUGGUAGCACUAAUUUUAAUGCUAGGGCAAGAGCGAAUCUACUAGAGUUAGAAGGUUUAGGAAGUAAUAUUUUAGUAUUAAGUGAUGCUACACAAAGAUAUGAAUCUUUAAAUUACAUCAGUUUAAUGAUAGGGCUUAGAGCACCAGAGGGCCAAUUAUUAUUUGAUGAUGGAGCUACUGUCAAAAUUGAUGGUUUAAUGACUUUGAGUAUAGAAAGAGAAGUUAGAAGUUUUUCGUUGAGAUCAGAUGCAGUUCCAGGCAGUAUAAUUGACCAGACCAAUCCCUUCAUGGCUAUAUCAGAAGAGGUUGAAGAUAAAAUUGGGGACAAAAUUUUGCAGAUGAGAGGAAGAGAGCAUAGAUUUUCUCAUAGAGUAAAAUUUGUUGUAGAUUUUGAAGAACUAAUUGAUCAAUUAUAUAGAAAAUUGAUUUUACAAGAAGAAGGUGGGGUAUUUUAUAAAUAUUUAGCAGAUUCUCCCAAUAGUAUUAAAGAUUGGUUUGCAGCUGCUGUUACUAGUCCAACUGUAGGUAUUCUCACAUAUAAUAUUGCAGGAAGGUUAGUUAUAAGGAACUUAAAGAACAAUUAUGUUUCAUAUGCAGGAACAGUAAAAAAGGUAAAGGAUAAUAUUGUCGAAAAAUUAGUAUGCGCUAUACAAGAAAAACAUCAGGAUGUCAGUCAAGAAGGAAAAAUCCCAGAAGAUAGAUGGAAAGUUAUAGUACAAAAUCAAGUUAGUAAAUGCUUAAAAGAUGAGGCGCGAAUAGAUGUGACUUCGCAUAAAAAGUCCCAGAGUGUAACUCAAGGUACAUUGCUUUCUUCAGAUUUAAAAAGAUCAGAUAUUUUAACUGAAGAAGGUAUGCAGGAUAUAGGUUAUAUGGAUUUAGAUCAAAGAAUUAGGGAAAAAGGUGGUUUAAAUGAAAGACUACGGGACAUUUUAAAGAAUCAAGUUAGUGAAGAGGAUAUACCUGAAGAGUUUUAUAUACUUUUAGCUUGCUUAUUAAUUGCUGAAGUUAGUAGGAAUCAUGCUACUUUUUUACCAUCUAUGAUGUUGCUUGAUUUAUGUGAAAGGGGGGCAGAGUAUGAUGUUAUUUCAUGGGAGUGGGAUACGUUAGUGUCUCAAGAAUGUUUAUUAGAUGAUUUUAAUUAUGAUCCUCUAGAAGUUGUUUCUAGAUGUUAUGGAGAUUUUAGGGGGAUGCAUCCAAUGACACAUGAUGGCUCUUAUUUCCAAUCUGUAAAUGUUUGUGCUACUUCAUUAGAAGAUCGCUCCAGUUUACUUUGCUUAGUCGAAUUUAAAUCUGUGAGUAUUAUGAUGGAUUGGUUGUAUUUAAGUUGUAAGAUAAAGCCAAUGGAGGCUGCUUAUAAAGAAUUUUAUAAUGCUGAAAUAUGGCCAAGAUACACGG